AUGGUGGCGUUCACCUUGAUUUUGGCCGCUCUGGCAACCUUUAUCCUCUACCAAGUGGCCAGCAGAUAUAGGAGCCUCCAGCGCAACGUUGCGCUAGCCAAGAGUUCUGGCCUGCCUGUGAUAUUGUCCCCGUUGAAUCUCUACAACAUCUUCUGGCUGGCUACAUACAAGAUAUGGACGCCAUUGUUGCAAAAGUGUCUGCCAAAGUCGAUGCAAGGCCUUUGGAUGGAUCUCUUGCAUCCCGAAUGGGGUUACAUCAGCGGCCAUGCGCCCUUUGCGAAGCUAGGAAUGGACGUCUUCAUUGUUGCAUCCCCUACCAGUAUUAAUGUCUAUGUUGCCGAUGCAGAAGCCAUAACUCAAAUCACUACGCGUCGGAACGACUUUCCAAAGCCACUAGAAAUGUAUGGCUCUCUCGAUCUCUAUGGAAAGAAUCUCGUGUCUACUGAAGGACCGGACUGGCGCAUGCACCGUAAACUGGUUGCACCAAGCUUCGGCGAGAAAAAUAAUGAGCUCGUUUUCACGGAAUCCCUUCAUCACGCACAGGCAUUGUUGAGUCUCUGGGCUGGACGCGAUGGACGAGGCAAUCAGACUGUGGCCGAUCCCUCAUCCGCCGCCAUGAACUUUGCCCUCUACGUCAUUAGUAGUGCUGGCUUUGAUGUUCGCGUGAAGUGGCCCCACGAGGAAGAUCAGAGUGUUAUGGAAAAGGAUACUGGGAGAAAGUCGAUGAGUGUGGGGUCUGAUAUGCCUGCGGGCCAUACCAUGAAUUAUCGUGAGGCUCUCAGCGAGCUACUUCACAACUUCACGUGGACUCAAAUUUUAUCUCAAAAUUGGUUGCUGAGAUCUCCUAUCAAGCUGCAUCGUACUGUAGGAGAGGCCAUUGGUGAAUGGGGAAAGUACAUGAACGACCUAUACGAGAUCAAGCGAAGUCAGGUAGCGUCUGGCGAGAGUAAAGGUGGCAUGGACUUGUUUGACGCCCUCAUUCGAGGCAGCGGAAUCAUCGACGAGAAGAACACGAAGAUAACAAAGAGCGACCUUCAAGGGAAUGCUUUUGUGAUCAUGCUGGCUGGACACGAAACCACGGCAAAUACACUCCACUUCUCCAUGAUCUUUCUGGCGAUGAAUUGGGGCUCGCAGAAGCGGCUCCAGGAAGAUCUCGACAAGAUUCUCGAAGGCAAGCCGAUCAGCGAGUGGAAGUACGAGGAGCAUUUCCAGAAGCUUUUCGGAAGCAUGACAGCAGCUGUUAUGAACGAGACGCUUCGGCUACUGCAACCUAUCAUCAAUAUCCCCAAGUCUACGGCCCCUGGCCGACCGCAAUCGCUUACUAUUGGAGGAAAGCAGUAUAUGGUGCCGGGAGACGCUCACGUUUUCCUCAGUGCAGCAGUCCAUCGCAAUCCGAAAUACUGGCCGGCACCACCUAACGCACCCUCGAUCAAUGGGGUUAAAGAUGUCGACUGCUUCCGGCCUGAACGCUGGAUUGUGGAUUCAGAGAGCAGUGAUUCUUUUGUUGAUAUCGGCUACGACGACGAGGAUCUACGUGGACCUUCUGGCGAAGAUACCUCGGCACAGUUGUUCAAACCUGUCAAGGGCUCGUACAUUCCCUUCAGUGACGGCUUUCGCUCCUGCAUUGGGCGACGGUUUGCCCAGGUUGAGAUUUUGGCAGUAUUGGCUGCAAUCUUCACUCAAUACAGUGUCGAACUUGCAGUCGACGACUUUGCUACAGACGAGGAGGUUGAGAAGAUGCCCAAGGGCGGAAAUGAGAGGAGGGAACUGUAUCAAAAAGCUGUGGACAGGGCCAACUACUAUAUCAAGAAUGAGGUGGCUACUAUCAUCACACUCCAACUACGUGGUGUAUCUGUUCCAAUCAGAUUGAUGAAAAGGGGUGAAGAAAGGUUCGCUUUCGAUUGA